AUGACACUGAAGGUCGCUCAGCCGGAUGGCUAUGCCACCCAGCUCGACCGAUUGGCUGCAAAAGUGCUGCGCCUCCAUGCGCUGCAUGCUCCUAGUGACCGUGUAAUGGUUGCGAUAUCUGGUGUCCCAGGGUCCGGCAAAACGACUCUGGCAAAAGAUCUAGCAGCAAAGCUCCAGGACGCGCAAGACAAAAGGAACUUUGUCGCCAUGAUCCCCAUGGACGGCUUUCACUUGUAUAGAUCCCAGCUGGCAGCAAUGCCCAACUCAGCCGAAGCAAUUCACCGUCGGGGCGCUGCAUUCACGUUCGACUCGGCGCAGUUCUAUCGACUCGUUCAAGCACUUCGAGAAUCAGUAACCGGCAACACACCCGACAUCUUUGCACCGAGCUUCGACCACGCGGUGAAGGACCCUGUCGAGGACGACAUUUGCGUACCGAAAGAGGCACGCAUCAUAAUCUUCGAAGGACUCUACUUGAGUCUUGACCGGGAGCCUUGGCGCUCCGCUGCGAACCUCAUGGAUGAGUUAUGGUUCCUGAAUAUUGAUCGCGAAGUUGCUUGGACCAGACUGGUCGAGCGUCAUGUUGCUUCUGGCAUUGUUCCGGAUCGAGCGGCGGCGGAGCACCGUGUAUCCAGCACAGAUAUGUUGAACGCUGAUGAUAUCAUCAAUAAUCGUCUACCUGCGCAUGAAUACAUUGAGUUCUAA